GGCCGAGCGGGUCGAUGAAUCCAAGAUGGCGGAGCGCGGCGGCGGCGGCAAGAGAGGCGGCGGCGGCGGCGGGCUGGACAAGAGCAUCACCCUCCCGCCGGACGAGAUCUUCCGCAACCUGGAGAACGCCAAGCGCUUCGCCAUCGACAUCGGUGGGUCAUUAGCCAAAUUGGCGUAUUAUUCGACGGUGCAACAUAAAGUGGCCCGCGUGCGCUCUUUUGAUCAGACCGGGAAGGACCUGGAACCCGAAUCGCCGUACGAGAUCACCGUCCAGGAGGAGAUCACGGCGCGGCUGCACUUCAUUAAGUUCGAGAACACGUACAUCGAGACUUGCCUGGACUUCAUCAAGGACCACCUGGUCAACACGGAAACGAAAGUCAUCAAAGCCACCGGAGGCGGCGCCUACAAGUUCAAAGACCUCAUUGAGAGGAAGCUGGGACUGAAGUUAGAUAAAGAAGAUGUCAUGACUUGCUUAAUUAAGGGGUGUAACUUUGUGCUCAAGAACAUCCCCAACGAGGCGUUUGUGUACAUGAAGGACGCGGACCCCGAGUUCCGGUUCCAGAUGAACCACCCACACAUUUUCCCCUAUUUGCUGGUUAAUAUUGGUUCCGGGGUGUCUAUCGUGAAGGUGGAAACAGAAGAUAAGUUUGAAUGGAUUGGCGGCAGUUCAAUUGGUGGCGGCACGUUUUGGGGCCUUGGAGCGUUGCUUACGAAAACAAAGAAGUUUGACGAGCUGCUGCAUCUCGCUUCGAAGGGUCAGCACACCAAUGUGGACAUGCUGGUGAAGGACGUCUAUGGCGGGGCCUACCAGACCCUUGGGUUGAGCGGGAAUCUCAUUGCCAGCAGUUUUGGGAAAUCUGCCACCGCAGACAAAGACUUUUCCAAAGAGGACAUGGCCAAAAGCUUGCUGCACAUGAUCAGCAACGACAUUGGGCAGCUGGCCUGCCUCUACGCCAAGCUCCACAACCUCAACAAGAUCUAUUUCGGGGGGUUCUUCAUCCGAGGGCACCCCGUCACCAUGCGCACCAUCACUUACAGUAUUAACUUCUUCUCCAAGGGAGACGUCCAGGCGUUGUUCCUGAGGCACGAAGGCUACCUGGGAGCCAUCGGGGCGUUCCUGAAAGGAGCAGAAGAAGACAACCCCAAUCUCUACAGCUGGGGAGAGAACUACGCCGGCAGCUCCGGCCUCAUGAGCAGCUCCUCCCCGGACAUCUGCCCCGUCCAGCGAGAAAGAAGCGGCACCUUCGACAUGUUGGAAAUGGAUCGUUUGGAGCGGACGCUGGUGAACCUGCCUUUGCUGAAGGACCCCUCCACUUACGUCCCCGACACCGUGGACCUCACCUACGACGCCAUGGCCAGGAAGUAUUGGCUCUCGUGCUUCGAGGAGGCUUUGGACGGGGUUGCCAAGCGUGCUGCGGCCAGCCAGCCGGACGCGGCCGAUGUGGCGGAGCGAGCGGAGAAGUUCCGGCAGAAGUAUUGGCAUAAGCUCCAGACGCUGCGGCAACAACCCUUCGCUUACGGCACCUUGACCGUUCGGAGUUUGUUGGAUACGAGAGAACACUGUUUGAAUGAGUUCAACUUCCCCGACCCCUACUCCAAGGUAAAGCAGAAAGAAAAUGGCAUAGCUUUAAAAUGUUAUCAGAGUGUAAUUGAAUCUCUGGAUUCAUUAGGUUGGGAGGAGAGGCAGUUUGCCCUGGUCAAAGGGCUGCUCGCCGGAAACGUCUUCGACUGGGGGGCCAAAGCCGUCUCCGAUGUUCUUGAAACAGAGCCACAGUUUGGUUUCGAAGAAGCGAAGGAGAAAUUGCAAGAACGCCCCUGGCUGGAGGAUUCCUACCACGAAUGGCUGGAGCGGCUUAAGGCCCCUCCUCAUAAAUGUGCCUUAAUUUUUGCCGACAACAGCGGCAUCGACAUCAUUUUGGGCGUUUUCCCUUUUGUCCGGGAGCUGCUGUUGAGGGGAACUGAGGUCAUAUUGGCCUGUAAUUCAGGGCCGGCCCUGAAUGACGUGACCUACAGCGAAUCCCUGCUUGUGGCCGACAGGAUCGCGGCAACUGAUCCGGUCAUACGAUCCGCCUUGAAGGAAGAGAAGUUGCUCUUGGUGCAGACAGGCUCCAGCUCGCCCUGCUUGGACUUGAGCCGCCUGGACAAAGGCCUGGCCAGCCUGGUCCGGGAGCGGAAGACGGACCUGGUGGUCAUCGAAGGCAUGGGCCGCGCCAUCCACACCAACUACGAGGCGGCCCUGGACUGCGAGAGCCUCAAGCUGGCCGUCAUCAAGAACUCCUGGCUGGCCGACCGCCUCGGAGGGAAGAUCUUCAGCGUCAUCUUCAAGUACGAGGUGCCCCUCAAAUGAGACCCGGGCCCUCCUCCUCCUCGCCGCAACGGGACUUGCACUAGCUUCCUUUUAAUUGUAAAGAAUGUAUUUUUAUUACCGCACGGGGGGAC